AUGUCGUGGGAUCGCAGUCGCAGAUGGCAGGCGAUACCGCAGUCGCGUGCGACACCUCGCACGCCAGCAACGCGAUGCCGCUCCCCCGAUGCGCGUCGUUUCCGUCGCACGAAGUGGCGAUCGACGUCGAACAAUCGACCGUUGCUGAUUGGCAGUCCUGAGAACGAAAACGAUGAUGUACAGACAAGUGCUCAAUACCUGAAUCCGAGCAUCAAAGACAAAAACUAUUCCAACUGCAUUUACGGGAGGAGACAGAACUAUUAA